UGGUGGAAAAAAAAAGAGACGCCAUUCCUAAGCGCUGAAUGAACUCAGUGAUCCAAAAAGAGCACUUUUUGUCAUGUAAAUGAGCGAGGAGCUGAGCACAGACUAGAAGCGGGCAAAGGGGAGCUGGGAGCUGCAAGUGGAGGCAUUUUUUUGUCGGGCUCUGCGUCUCCUCUACUUAUUUGACUUGGUUGGACCUGGUUUGUCAACAGUGUGCGUGGGGAGAGCACAUCUCUGCUUCUCUGCUAAUGAGUCCACUUCACCAGGACAGCACCUCGUUCACAGUGGAUACAAACAUUUCCCAAACUCUUGGGUCAACCAAAGCAAACGGGAAUUAGUUUUCUUCUUAUUUAUUGCUGGACUUUUGGACUUGGACUGAGCAAGAGCUAGAAAGAGGAAGGAGAUGGGGAGAUGGACAUUACAUCUCUCGGUGGGGCUUGGGCUUCUAGCUGUCCUGUUAACCUGCUGUUAUGCUGAAGUGAACUACUGCUUCGCCAGCAGGGCCGGGACCUGCUCGGAGUGCCUGCAGGCUGGGGUUGGUUGCGCCUACUGCACUGAAGAGACCUUUGAAGGCCCUCGCUGUGACCUCCACAAGAAUAUAAUUGCCCAAGGCUGCAAAACUGAAGCUAUUAUAAAAUAUGAGGGCGAUAUGAAGAUAGAACAAAAAAAGCAAAUCAACACUUUACUUCAGCAGUCUCAAGUAUCUCCACAGCUGAUGAGCCUGUCUUUUCUGCCUGGAGAGGAAAGGGAGGUGGAUGUGCAGGUGUUUGCUCCAACCAAAGGCCCACUGGAUCUUUAUAUUCUUAUGGACUUCUCCAACUCCAUGGCUGACGAUUUGGACAACUUGAAAAAGAUGGGCAAAAAAUUUGCUGAUUUGGUGAGCUCACUGUCAGAGGACUACACCAUUGGGUUUGGAAAGUUUGUGGACAAAGUGAUUGAGCCCCAGACUGACAUGAGAUCCUCCAAACUUAAAGAGCCAUGGCCCAACAGUGAUCCUCCAUUCUCGUUCAAAAAUGUCAUUAAGCUGACCAGUGACGUGAAGUUUUUCACAAAUGAGCUCCAGAAGGAAAGAAUAUCUGGCAACCUGGACGCUCCUGAAGGAGGUUUUGAUGCCAUAUUGCAGGCUGCAGUUUGUACGGAUAAGAUCGGCUGGCGCAAGCACAGCACACAUCUCCUGGUUUUCUCCACUGAGUCAGCCUUUCACUACGAGGCUGACGGUGCUAACGUACUGUCAGGCAUCCUGCCACGCAAUGACGAGCAGUGUCACCUGGACGACACAGGCAGUUACACAAAGGAUAUACACCAAGAUUACCCUUCAAUACCCACACUGGUCCGUGUGCUGGGCAAAAACAACAUCAUUCCCAUCUUUGCUGUCACAAACCACUCCUAUACAUACUACCAGAAACUCCAAGAGUAUUUCCCCAUUGCUGAGGUUGAUCUGCUACAAGAGGACUCAUCCAAUAUCGUGCAAGUCAUGGAAAAUGCCUUCAAGAGGAUCCGAUCAAAGAUGAGCAUCCGUGCAGAAGACAGACCCAAGGUUUUCGAAACACAUUUCUUGUCCGCCGAUCGACACCUUUCACAAUACGGGGAUUUUAAUUUCCAACCUGGAGAAAUAGGCAAUUUCAAGAUGCAGCUCAAAGCCCAGCGGAUGAUCAAUGACGAGCCUGUCUGUAAGAUGGAUAUGAGUGAUAAAGAAGGAACAAUGAAAGUCAAACCUACAACCUUUGGCGAUGGUGUCAACAUUAAUGCUUUGCUCCUAUGUCCAACCUGCCCUUGUGAGAAGACCCCCUUCAAUAAAGCAAACAGAUGCAACGGCAAUGGAGACCUGGUGUGCGGGAAGUGUCGGUGCUAUGAUGGCUGGCAAGGUCCUUUCUGUAACUGCUCAGAAAGUUCUUCAGCUCUGGCCACCAACCAGUGUGUACUUCCAGGAAUGUUGGAACCUUGUUCAGGCCGUGGAGAUUGCAUGCCGUGUGGAAUCUGUGCGUGCUAUAACCCCGAUCAGUUUGAAGGACAGUACUGUCAGUACGAUAAAACCCAGUGCCAACGAUUCGGAGGCUUCCUCUGCAAUGACCGUGGCUCUUGCGUGAUGGGUCGGUGUGCAUGUUCUGAGGGCUGGGAGGGUAAUGCCUGUGAGUGUCCCCAGAGCAACCAGACCUGUCUGGACAGCAAGGGCGGUGUCUGCAACGGGCGAGGUAAAUGUGUAUGUGGCCGCUGUGAGUGUCCACAGUCUGCUUUCGACAUUACUUCAACCUGUGAGCCAAAUUUCCAGCAAUACUCAGGUGCGUGCGAGGGUACAAGGGCUUGUGCCCAGUGUCUGGCCUGGGGGACAGGAGAGAAGAAAGAGAAGGAGGAGUGUGAUAAGUGCACCUUUACCAUUGAAAAGGUGGAUGAACUCAAAAAACGUGAGGAGGUGCUUGAUUUGUGCAGUUUCCGUGAUGAGGAGGAUGACUGCACAUACCAUUACACUGUCGAAAACGAUGAAGAUCUGAAGAAAGACUUGAAAGUUCAGGUGCUCAAAAAGAAAGAUUGUCCUCCUGCCAGCCUCUUGUGGUUACUGCCGCUCCUCUUGUUUCUCCUGUUACUGCUGGCACUUCUGCUGCUCUGCUGUUGGAAAUACUGUGCCUGCUGCAAAAGCUGCUGGCAGAGAUUUCUUGCCCUGCUGCCUUGCUGUAGAAAAGGUCGCAUGGUGGGCUUUAAGGAAGAUGAGUAUUUGCUCCGCCAGUCUCUGCUCACCUCAGACCACCUGGACACACCAAUGGUAAGGACUGGCCCACCCAAAGGAACAGAUGUGGUUCGCUGGAAGGUCACUGAUAACGUACACCGAGGACCGAACCACCCUGAGGCACUGAUAAAGCCCAACCCUAAAGAGACCAUCCAGUUCCCAAUCUCUCUCAGGCUAAACAGGUUGUUCCAUGAGAACCUGUCUCACCCUGAAUCCAGAGACGCUGAACAGCUCCGCAAGGAAGUAGCUGAUAAUUUAAAUGAGGUGUACAAGCAGAUUCCUGGUGCCCAGAAGGUGCAAAAAACCGCAUUCAGAAUGCAGCGAAAUGCCGGAAAAAGGCAGGACUACGCCAUUGUGGACACCAUCUUGUCUGCUCCUCGUAGCAGCUACCCUGAUAUUGUUAAACUGACAGAAAAAAAUGUCCAGUCUGGAAACUUACAUGACCUCAAAGUGGUGCCUGGCUACUACACUGUGGCCACAGACAGAGAGGCUGCAGGAGCUAUCGAGUUUCAAGAAGAUGUGGAGUCGGUAGAUGUUCAUGUGCCGCUCUUCGUCAAGGAUGAAGACGAUGACAAAAAACAGCUGCAGGUGGAAGCCAUGGAUGUGCCACUGGGCAUUGCUGAGAUUGGAAAACGUUUGGUUAACAUCACCAUUAUCAAAGAGCAUGCCUCAAGUGUCUUCUCAUUCCUCCAGCCGGCCUACACCUACAGCCGGCAGGAUGGGGUGGCCAACAUCCCAAUUGUCAGAGAGAUCAUAGAAGACGGACGCACACAGGUCACCUACCGCACACGAGACCUCACAGCCAAGGAUAAGAAGGAUUAUGUGACUGUGGAGGGAGACCUAUCCUAUGGUCUUGGUGAGACCCAGAAAACAGUCCCGGUUCGUCUGCUGGAGCUGGGUGAGAAUGAUGGCCUCCUGGAAGACAAACAGGUCAAGCAAUUUGUUAUGGAUCUCAGUAACCCACGGCAGGGCGCCAAGCUGGGACGCUACCCAAGAACUACUGUCACCAUCGCAGACCAACCAGAGCCCAGUGUGAUGAUGUUCAAAAAGGGCACCCAGAAUUUCACCACAUCUGACCCAACCUACACCAUCCCUGUGGUUCGUUCUCGCAACCAGGACACAGCUGCCACAGUGAAAUGGCGCACCAAGAAGGCCCAGCGCUUUGAGCUAUCUGGCCCACUGAAGUUUGGUCCUGGAGAGACGGAGAAAAACAUAGUGAUCGACCCGAAGGCCCAUUCUGGUCCAAUCCAGCCAGAGACCUUUCAUUUGGAGCUGUUUGAGCCAAGUAGCAAUGCUUCUAUUGGAGAAAGGAAGACUACUCUUGUCAAUGUCACUGAUGGAGCUCCCAGAACUAUGGCCCAGAUGCAGCAGAAGGGCUACAUAAGCCCAAAAACCUCAGCCUCUGGUGGUUUCCCGCUCUCCCCAGAAAAUCCUGUGGCCAAGGCAACUGGACCCAGAAGCAUCCGCCUCAACUGGGACCCACCGUCUGGCAACCCCAUGGGGUACAAGGUCAAGUAUUGGAUCUACGGUGACCCAGAGAAAGAUGCUGAGGUGUUAGAUGUGAAUACUACUCAUGCUGAGUUGACCAAUCUGUACCCCUAUUGUGACUAUGAGAUGCGAGUGUGCGCCUACAAUGCAAUGGGAGAUGGCUACGAUACAGACGUUGUUACCUGUCAAACACUGGAGGAUGUGCCUGGUGAACCUGGACGUCUAGCCUUUAAUGUCAUCAGUCCAACUGUCACUCAGCUCAGCUGGGCAGAGCCUGCAGAGACCAAUGGCAAAAUUACAGCUUAUGAGGUCAUCUACACCCCCAUCGAUGAUGAACAGAAGGCAGUGGGUGCUGCCAAGAAAGUAAAGAUUGACAACCCCAAGAAGAGAAUGCUGUUGAUCGAGAAUCUCCAAAACGCCCAGACCUACCAGUACAAAGUCCGUGCCAAGAACAGCGUGGGCUGGGGCCCCUUCAGAGAUGCCACCAUCAACCUGGCCUCACAGCCUGCCAGACCUCUGUCCAUUCCCAUCAUUCCAGAUAUCCCCAUCGUAGACGCAGAAGCAGGAGACGAGUAUGACAGCUACCUGAUGUACAGCAAUGAGGUGCUGAAAUCCCCCACAGGCUCCAAGACACCCAGCGUCUCUGGUGAUGGGUGGAAAUAUGUCCAGUUGGUGGGGUCCAACCUGGAUCUCCGUAAGGUGUCGUGGAAAAAGCGUGUGGACAUCAUCCCCAGUCGGCUCAGCACAGACACAGAGACAAGCCUUGACGAGACCCCCCACCCCAGCUCUGCUCAAACAGCCCUGCCAGAUUACACGAUGAAUGGCACCUUCCUUUACCCAGGGGGAUCAGCGACACGCAACAUGUCAGCUUCGUCCUCUCCCAUGUCCACUUUGAGCUCAAACUACAGAGGGGCAGGCAGCUCCUACACCACAGAAACAAACACCACCUACAUGUCCGGAGCAGGAAGCUCUCGUAGACAGGAAAUGAUCGGAGGAGGACUUCACACAACAGAAGUGAUCAUGAGGAAGCGCUCAGAGAACAGAGGUUACACAGAUGAAAACAUCCGUGACUCUAUUGUCAUGGGAGACGUGUUGAGCAAGUUCCCAGAUCUAGGUGGUUUCGGCUACACUGGGAUGCAGAGCACCUCUCAGAGCCAGUUCAGCUACAGCCUGUCUCAGGGUUCGAGGGCCAGGACCCAGUCUUCAGACGUCAAUGAGGCCCUUUAUAAUCUGGACAGGGUGCUCCAGGAUGCUCGAGUUUCUCCAGGUGUUCCUGACACCCCCAGCAGACUGGUGUUUUCCGCUCUGGGUCCCACUGCCCUCAAAGUCAGCUGGCAGGAACCCCACUGUGAGAAAGACAUCAUGGGCUACUGUGUUCUCUACCAGCUGCUCAAUGGAGGUGAGGUGAGGCGUAUUAAUGUGACAAACCCAGCAGAGAACUCUGUGAUCAUCCAGGACCUGCUGCCCAACCAUUCCUACCUAUUCAAGGUGAAGGCUCAGAGCCAGGAGGGCUGGGGUCCAGAGAGAGAGGGAGUCAUCACCAUCGAGUCUGCUGUUGACCCCAAGAGUCCCCUCAGCCCCAUGCCAGGCUCACCAUUUACUCUGAGCACCCCCAGUGCCCCAGGCCCCCUGGUCUUCACUGCCCUGAGUCCUGAUUCCCUGCAGCUCAGCUGGGAGAAACCACGUAAACCCAACGGAGACAUCCUGGGAUAUGUAGUCACUUGUGAACAGCUGCAUGGUGGAGGAGACAUGCGUUCUUUCCAGGUGACUGGCGACAACGCUGAGACCAGUCUGACCGUCCCAAACCUGACCGAGAACAUUCCUUACAAAUUCAAAGUCCAGGCUCGAACCACACAGGGCUUCGGUCCUGAGAGAGAAGGCAUCAUCACCAUAGAGUCUCAGGAUGGAAGUGCUUUGUCUCAGUACAACAGCCAAUCAAUGACGAGGAGGGAAGUUUUCCAGAUGCCAACAGAGGUCAGCACGCGAACCAACGUCUCCCACACCAUGCUUAACGACCCGUACUUCUCAGAUGGGAUGAUGAUGACCACGCAGCACACAGAGAGCAGCGGCAUGGUGACCCGUCAAAUCACCAAGGAAGUGGUUCAGAGGAGCGUCAUCGGCGGAACCACUGUCACAAAGAAGAUGUUUUAUGAAUCUUAAGACCAUAUUUAAAUACAACCAAAGGUCCAACAUGAUGAGGAAUCAUAUCUGAGAUUCUCUUUUAAAAAGAGUCGGCUUCAGAGUACUUUUAUACGUGUGUGUGUGUGUGUGUGUGUGUGUGUGUGUGUGUGUGUGUGUGGGAGACUGUGCGACCAAAAAACAUUUCAUGUCAUAAAUAGACGAAGAGGAGGUCACCCUGCCAUGACUGUUACACACUUCCUUUCCCUCUCACUGUUCACUCCUGGUUAUACAGCUUCUUUCCACUGAGGGAAUCGUGUAGUGUUAGACUCCACUCCCUCUGUCGGUCCAGAUCUGGUAAGACACACUGGGGCUUAAAUCAGGCCAGCACGGGCCAGUAAUCUGCAGUUCAGUAAUCCAAAGUGACCUUUUCCACCUCCCAACCUCCACCUGUCUGAAAGAGAUAGUUUGAGUGUGUGUGUGUGUGUGUGUGUGUGUGUGUGUGUGUGUGUGUGUGUGUGUGUGUGUGUGUGAGACUAUUUCAUCUUAAACCCACCAAAUUUCAUCUCUCCUUCUGUCUUUUUGCAUAAUUUUCCCCCAUGUGGCCUUUUUUUGAGUGAGUAUAAAGGUGGUGUAUUUGGGACUUUUGUUCAUAGGUUUGUAUUAUAUUAAAGUGUGAUAAAGUUUUUUUUCUAAGCAUAUUUAAUACUUUUUAAGAUUUUUACUUAAAGCAGACUGACAUUAAAUUUAAUGCCAAGUAUAGAGGUAUUUCCACAGACACAGUGGUGCUUGUGUUGCUCAUUUCUAUGCGUAUUUCCUACUGACAAGCACGGGGCAUGAUUCUACAGUACAGACAAAUGAUGAAAAAUUCUGAAAUGUUUUAUACAGAUAUGUUGUAUACACUGCUUCAAGUUGUCAUGUUUCCUUACUCUGCAAGGCCAUAGCAUUUUGAGUAAUUAAUAUUCAAACCAGGAGAUUUCCUUAUUUUAGAUAAGUGGUAUGUAAAGACGGAAAGAUUGUAUUUGCUUCAAUGCAAGUCCUACUGUAUUCUGGCUCCUCAUGUUGUUGCUUUAAUAAAACAUACUUUGAGAGGAUCUUUUUAUCAGAUGGAUGAACUUUUCACCAAAAACACACUUUACUUCAUUCAUGUACUUCUGAGCAUAUCGUUUGAUGUAACACUUGCUUUUUUGCAUCGUCUUUUUUUUUCAGUUCUAUUGCACUUAAUAAAGGUUUGAAAUAAA